AUGCCCAGAGAACCUUCCAAAGGCGACCCUCGGAGCACCUUCAAGAAAGUCCACAGCCUGAAUCGAAUCGGUGAUCGAGCCCGAACCCGCACCCAACGUCAACUUGCUGCCGACGUUGAGCCCAAGAAAAACUCUCAGAAUCUCCCAGUACACCUUCAUGCCCACAAAUCUAAGCAACGCGAAGGCGCAAGAGAUGCCACGCUGCCAGGAGGAGACGGGGUUGGGGAUACGGCAUCGAGCCAGGUUACACCAUUUUGGGGUAUCGUAUCCCCGCCCCGGAGCUCUCCGCCUUUCCACUUCGAGAUCACGCUUUCUGAACGAGACGCGGAUUUCGUAGUCACAAACGGAAGAGAAUCUGUGGAAGGCUAA